AUGUCGUCAAAUCUUCAAACCGCUGCUUUCGCCUACACGGUGGUUUACGUUAAAGAUGUCGCCAAAUCCGUCACUUUCUACGCCAACGCCUUUGGUUAUGCCGUUCGUAGGUUGGACGACAACAAUAAAUGGGGUGAGCUUGAGAGUGGUCAGACUACCAUAGCUUUCACUCCUAUCCAUCAAAGAGAAACCGAUGAUCGGACCGGGGAGGUUCAGUUGCCUCAUAGCCAAAGAGAAAGAAACCCAGUUGAGGUUUGCUUCGAUUAUCCAGAUGUAGAUCUUGCUUAUAAGAGGGCAGUGGAUAAUGGAGCUUUGCCGGUAAGUGCACCGGAGGAGAAGCCAUGGGGACAGAAAGUUGGUUAUGUUCGAGAUAUUGAUGGAAUUGUGGUUAGAAUGGGAAGCUAUGUUGGAAGAGCAAUAUCAUGAUUGGAGUAAAUUAGAGUGCAUAUUG